CUCUCUCUUUCUCUCCCACUACCUCUCUCUCUCUCUCGGACUGGCCAGCAUCACCCUCAACGUACACACUGUCCUCCCUCCCGCAGCAUUCUUACCCGCUUCUGCCUGUGUGUACGCGGGGCUGACCCUGAGGAGGAGGAGGUGACAUCUAGCCGCUGGUGGUCGUGGGCUGGUUAGAAACGUUUACGUGCGGAACGUGCAGCAGCAACAGCAGCAGGAGCAGCAGCAGGAGCAGGAGCAGGAGCAGGAGCAGGAGUAGGAGCAGGAGCAGCAGAUAUCCAGCGAGGAGGAACCAUUAGUGCUGUGUUUUAUAAUUCAGGAGGGGGAAGUCACGACAACAGAAGCCCCCUAUCACCGGCUCACAUUUGAUCCGCUACACCGUCGUGUGUUAUUCUUUCUGCCUGUUAACUCCGCUCCAGACCCCGCGACAAACCCCCCGACCGCCACAGCCGACACCAUCGUCCCCGAUACCGGCGGGAGCUGUGUGAUGAGGUCGCCCUGCAGCAGCGGUUCGCUAACUCCAACAUAAAACGGCUGUUUUUCGGUUGUUGCUGUCGGGACGGUGCUCGGCGUCAGCCCGGGCGCGUGAAGAGGAACACCGCAGGGCAACGAAGCUGCUCCUGGGUGCUGAGGGAACCCGCCGAAUAUCCAUGAGCUCCGAUUUCCCACACUACAGUUUCAGGAUGCCAAAUAUAGGGUUCCAGAACCUUCCCCUUAAUAUCUACAUUGUGGUGUUUGGGACAGCCAUCUUUGUCUUCAUCCUCAGCCUCCUCUUCUGCUGCUACUUAAUAAGGUUACGGCACCAGGCGCACAAAGAGCUAUAUGCAUACAAACAAGUCAUUCAGAAGGAAAAAGUCAAAGAGCCAAAUUUGCAUGAGAUAUGUGCGGUGUGCUUGGAGGAGUUCAAACAGAAAGAUGAGCUGGGGAUUUGUCCAUGUAAACAUGCCUUUCACAGGAAGUGCCUCAUUAAAUGGUUGGAGGUGAGGAAAGUGUGUCCAUUGUGCAACAUGCCCGUGUUGCAGCUCGCUCAGCAGGCCGGAGGCAUGGAGCCCGCCUUGCCAAUACAGCAGCCUCUGCCCGGCAUCGAGAACCUGGUGUAGCAGACUCCCAUCCGGUCUGACAGUACACCACAGACACACAAACGCACAUCCCAUCAGUCAUGCUCUCACCUGCACAGGUACACUUUGAUACGGGAUGGCGGACAGACCGGAGAAACUGGAGUUACAGCGGCGGCCAUGGUUGACUCUGUUGUCUUUCCAUUGGUUCACAAGAGGAUUUCCUGUUAUCAGCUCGGACUGAUAAUCAACCGUUGUCAUGUUUUACUUUUUCGCGGAAAAUGAAGAAGAGUUGAUCUAGAAGAGGCUUCUUUCUCGGCCAUGAUGUGGUCAAUAACUUUUUCACAACCAAAGCACUUUUCUGGGAACACCAGCUGAAGACCUGGAUGAAGAAAAACACAAAAGCCAAGAACUACACUACUCUUAUAUAUUAAAAAAAGAAAAUAUAUAUAUAUAUAUAUAUAUAUAUUUUCUUUCUUUUUUUAUUUAACAAGCACUUUACAAGAAGUCAAAACUUAAUUUCUUGUGAUCGUAGUAGCAAGGUCAUGUUUUUGUAUUUUACCAUUAACUAUUAUUUGUGCAAAGCCAAGUGUUUUUUAUUUUAAUUCGUAAACAAAGUUUUUUUAACAAAAUCUUAAUAAAAAUAACUAUUAUUUGCAAAGGGACAACAAUAUUUACCCCGGUAGAUGUCAGGAAAUUUGGACAUCGGUUUCUUUUCGAGUUGCACAUACGAGACAAUAACCUGAAAUCAACCUCAAGACUUUACAUCUGACUAAAUGUGAAUGUGUUGAAACCCACAAUUUUACUAAAACAAACAAAAACAUACUGUUUGUCAUUCACAACAAUGUUUGCAUUGUGAUAAUACUUUUGUUAUCUUACUGCCUAAACACAAUGGUGAUACGGUUAACACAUUUUCAUCUCACUAAACAAAUUUACCUGGAAGAUAAACACUCAAAACACAAUUCAGGACCUUUUUCCAUCAGAAAAUCAGUGAUUAUCUGAGCAACCUGGUGCUUUUUGCAUAAACCAGUUGUACAAAAAUCCAUUAUAUGACCUAGAUGUUUUAGGUUUACUUUUGCUCUGCUGCUGCAUUGCUUUGUUUUAUGGAAGCAGAGCUGUGUGAAUAUAAUGAUGGCUUGACAGUUAAAACACUUAACAAAAUAAAGCAACAAAUGUCAAAUAGUUAUUUUGAUAUAUAAUAAACUAGCGUCACAUAUCCUGCUUGCCAGGUACUGACAGUUAUUUUUAGGAAGGGAUCAGGAGGAACCCCCUCUUUGCUUCUACCGUUCAGUCCAGUAUUUCUAUUUAUUAAUUUUUUUUUUAAUUUAUUACAAUUUCUUGGUACAGCUAAAUUGAGUUGGAGGAUCUGAAACCUGCUCUCGGCCAAUCAUCAGUAUAUCCUUUUGCUUAAGAUACACACUGCUGUGUAAAAUACAGACACAUGCACCAAGGAAGAGGCAGCCUCCCCCCAUACUCACACACACACACCUCACAUGGGCUGCCAGAGAGUCAGUGGUCAGCAGAUUGUAAUGAAGCAACACACACACACACACACACACACAGUUCAGCUUUUCUGUCUGCAGUAUUCUGGUGCUUUCGCUUCUCCCUCUCUCUUUCUGUACAGUGCAGGGAAGCUUUUUGUUUCGUGCCACAAACACAGGAACCCGGAGCCUGGCUAUUGUGCAUGUUUUUGUUUUUUUACCUCAUCUCUUUUUAGAAGCAUUUAGUAAAUGUGCAGUUGGGUAAAGCGCUGAUGUGAAAGGCAGCUUAAUGAGCUUAGGUUCACAGUGAUGAACCUAAGAUGAGUUGGAGAUUAUCAAUAACCUGUGAUGGGAUAAUCAAAUAUUAUAUUUAAAGGUACAAUCAGUGAUCUGAGCGUAACUGAAAAAAUAGUCCCACUGACUGAAAAAUGAAAACGGCAAUCAAAUACAUUAGACACAUUUUUAAACAAAUGUUAAUUCUGAAGCUGUCAGAGGUUUGUGUUGUUGUUGAAAUUAACAACAAAACAAAACAAAACUCCUUUUUCCACUAAAUGUAAUUACCUCCACCAAAGUCCAACAGUAGCCUUAUGAAACCACAUUAGAUCCACAUUUCUAUUUGAAAUCAAACUAAGUCCCAGUCCCCUAAACGUGUCUUAUUAAUUUCAAGAGGACAUUAGCAUAAUCCUGCUAAUUAAUAAACUAACAAACAAGGAUGAAAACAUAACCUCCUUGAUGGAGAUAACUAAAACUCUACGGCUUGAAAUAACUUUGCGAAUAAACAGCACUCCAGAUUUAGAAAUUUAAAUAUAACCUGAUUGUGUCUUUAAUAACACAACAUUUCCAAUAAGAUUAUAAUCUCCAACACCAAAUUAUUUUAUGGACAUAUCUGCACAGGUUCCCAUCAUGUGAGCGUGUUAACAAGUGACAACGCAUUUCACCGUCUGCGGCAGAGAAGCCUUGUUGCUCUCACCUCUGUGGUUUUAGUGUCGGCCCGCAACGGACUGCGACAACUUCGUGACGGGGUCAGAGCGUGCAGUGAAGUGAAAAUGUCAACACUCGGAUCAGAGCAAUAACGGGACUUCUUUGUGCUGUGUGAAUCAUUUCCAUUGAUAGUUAUCAUGCCCUGAAAGAUCCUCACAUAUUCUGCUUUGCUACGCCCUCUACUGCUGAGAAAACGAUUGACGCCUACAUACAAAUAUGAUCGAUGUUGCCCACAUUAGCCUUAUUUGAACCAAAACUGCCUCAAUUACCAAACAAGAGACCAGGGCUGCGUUAAUUGGCCAUAUUCCAACCUCUUUAAUCGACUGUGUGUGAAUCACUGGAAAGGUUGUGGUUUUAUGUUGAAGAAAAUAUGCAACAUAAGGGCCUUCUGUUGUGUGAAUUUUCAUUUGGAACCUUCUCCCUUCUCAGACUUUGGUUAUGAAGAGGCUGUGACAGUCUUAAAAAACUUAACCUCUCACAGCAAACAGGGAGUGGUCCUACAUUAUAGCCCGACACUGUACAUAAGUUAACAAUCCUGACACUUGUUACCAAACCGUGACACAUCAGUGCUAAUUACAGAAGUCUUAAAGCUAUGUUCCUGCUAAGUGUUUCGUCUUUUAAUGUAGGGCUCACGAGAGAAAGAAAACGAACACGAGGACAUUCAAUGUGUGAGCAUGUUACCUUGCAUUGUUAAGUUGCCACUGAUAUUACCAUUGUUAAGUGUAUGUAGACAGUAAUGUCAAUAGUGAAAACGGAGUGCCAACUCAAAAUGAAGUGUUGUCAAUGCCAAUGAGAGAGAAGGUCCUGCAGUAUGAAAAUAACGGGAAGGGGGACUGUACGGCUUUAGCCAAAAAAAGAAAGCAAACUGAGCUAGUGGUGAAUACAGUAACAACUUGCUUCCCACCAGUAAAAUCACCAUUAAGGUCAGUGCUGGCUCUGACUCCACUAAGAUGAGAUAGUUCCGUCACUUCACUUGAAAACAUGACCGGUACUCUGAGUAGAAAGUGACGGGCUGAUUUAUUAACAAACAAUACGCAAUUGGUACAUUAUACUUCCAGCGUCCAGAGCAUGUAGGAUUCUCUAUCACUGCCUCCCUGAUGUGAACUUUCUUGUUUGUAUUGUGUUAUUUAUUCCUCUGUAAUACUUGUGGUACCCUGCCAAUUCACAAUCCCCCCCCCCCCACACACACACACACACUUCGUCCAAACCAACCCUGUCCUCCCUCUGCCCUCACACCUUCCCUGUUGUUGUUUUUUGUUAACACUGAUUAUGUUUGUGGACUCUCACAGACAUUGUUUGUAAAACUAAAAAUUCUGAAGCAGAAUGUUUUAAGAGAUAAUUGCUGUACAGUAUUUGUAAGUUCUAUUUUUGUAUAUGGUUUUUUUUGGAGAAAAUAAUUUUUCUUUUCUUUUGUUGUUUUUUGCUAAUUUCAUGUUUAUUCAUUUUAGGAAAAAAGUUGCAUGUGACUGACUUGAACUGUAAAUAAAUUUCCAGGUUUUGGAAAGAUGUGAGGUUUUA